AUGGGAUCGGGAAUCAAUUCCACCACAGGAUAUCGGAAAUUGGUUCCCAAGCAUAGGAUCAGGAAUCAAUUCCACCGCAGGAUAUCGGAAAUUGGUUCCCGAGCAUGGGAUUGGGAAUCAAUGCCGAUGAAGCGCAUCAGGAAUUGGUUCUGGAGCAGCAUAGUGGGAAUCAGUUGCCAAGAAUGGCAUUGGCGAAUCCAGGGGACCGGUUGGCAAAUGAAUAGCCUGAACGUGGCCCAUCGGCAAAUGCACAUCCAGAACGAAGGUAGAGCUCAUAACCUAUCAUUGUCCAUUGCUGGAGGCGUGUGGGCCCGCGGUAAAGAGCAGCAUUUGAUUGCAUAUGGUGGGCCCACUAUCAAUUAUUCUCACCGGCAGCUGGGCCCACGGGUUUGUCAAUCGGCUGCACGGUGGAGCUCAUCACCUCCAGGCGGGCUCAGCGUUCCCAUGUCGGGUGGGCCUACUGACUGUGUGAACCAACGUGGUGAGGUAAUGACUGGUGGGCCCAUACAACAGUCAAUACGGUUGGGCCCAGGCCAGCCAAUUGGCCAUUGGAAGUUGACACCUGUCGGCUAUGACGUUGAGAGGACGCCAAAUACUGAACAAACAACUGUUGAACAUGCCGACGGUUAG